UUUAGGUUUGGCCCGCCAGGAGCAUGGCUUCGUUGCAGGAGCCUGAAGUGAAAGUGGAUGGCGAGCCGAAACUAAGCAAGAACAUUGAUCGAAAAUGCAGCACUGGAGCAGAGAUCUAAAGUGAAGUGGUGGUAAUCCUUAGUUCCAGGGUGUUCUGCCAUGUUGAUGCAAGCUGCUGUCAGGCUUGUUAGGGGGUCCCUGCGUCAAACCUUCUGGGCAGAGUGGGGUCAGAGGGAACUUCGACUGGGUCAACUUGCUCCUUUCACAACGCUUCACAAGGACAAGCCACUUUCUGGUAAAAGAAGUGAACUGAAGAGACGACUGAAAGCUGAGAAGAAAGUGGCAGAGAAAGAGGCCAAGCAGAAAGAGCUCAGUGAGAAGCAGCUAGGCCAGGCUGCUGCUGCCACCAACCACACUGCUGACAAUGGCGUGGCCGCUGAGGAGGAGGCCCUGGACCCAAAUCAAUACUACAAGAUCCGUAGUCAAGCAGUCCACCAGCUAAAGGUCAAUGGAGAGGACCCAUACCCACACAAGUUCCACGUAGAUAUCUCACUCACUCAGUUCAUCCAAGAAUACAGUCACCUGCAACCUGGGGACCACCUGACUGACAUCACCUUAAAAGUGGCAGGUAGGAUCCAUGCCAAGAGAGCUUCUGGGGGGAAGCUCAUCUUCUAUGAUCUUCGAGGAGAGGGGGUCAAGUUACAAGUCAUGGCCAACUCCAGGAAUUAUAAAUCUGAGGAAGAAUUUGUUCGUAUCAAUAACAAACUGCGCCGGGGAGACAUCAUUGGAGUUCAGGGGAAUCCUGGGAAAACCAAGAAGGGUGAACUGAGCAUCGUUCCCCAUGAAAUCACACUGCUGUCCCCCUGCCUGCAUAUGCUGCCUCAUCUUCACUUUGGCCUCAAAGACAAGGAAACAAGGUAUCGUCAGAGGUACUUGGAUUUGAUACUGAACGACUUUGUGAGACAGAAAUUUAUCAUCCGCUCUAAGAUCAUCACAUACAUAAGAAGUUUCUUGGAUGAGCUGGGAUUCCUGGAGAUCGAGACUCCCAUGAUGAACAUCAUCCCUGGGGGAGCUGUGGCCAAGCCUUUCAUCACCUAUCACAAUGAGCUAGAUAUGAACUUAUAUAUGAGAAUUGCUCCAGAACUCUACCACAAGAUGCUAGUAGUUGGUGGUAUUGACCGGGUUUAUGAAAUCGGGCGCCAGUUUCGGAAUGAAGGAAUUGACUUGACUCACAAUCCUGAGUUCACCACCUGUGAAUUUUACAUGGCCUAUGCAGACUACCACGAUCUCAUGGAAAUCACAGAGAAGAUGCUAUCAGGGAUGGUGAAAAACAUUACAGGUAGUUACAAGAUCACCUACCACCCAGAUGGGCCAGAAGGUCAAGCCUACGAGAUCGACUUCACCCCACCUUUCCGAAGAAUCAGCAUGGUAGAAGAGCUUGAGAAAGCCCUGGGUAUAAAGCUGCCAGAAACUAACCUCUUUGAAACUGAAGAAACUCGAAAAAUUCUUGAUGAUAUUUGUGUGGCAAAAGCUGUUGAAUGCCCCCCACCUCGGACCACAGCCAGGCUCCUUGAUAAGCUUGUUGGAGAGUUCCUCGAAGUGACAUGCAUCAGUCCUACAUUCAUCUGUGAUCACCCCCAGAUAAUGAGCCCAUUGGCCAAAUGGCACCGCUCCAAAGAAGGUCUGACUGAGCGCUUUGAGCUGUUUGUCAUGAAGAAGGAGAUAUGCAAUGCCUACACUGAGCUGAAUGACCCCAUGCGGCAGCGGCAGCUAUUUGAAGAACAAGCCAAGGCUAAGGCUGCUGGUGAUGAUGAGGCUAUGUUCAUAGAUGAAAACUUCUGUACAGCCCUGGAAUAUGGGCUGCCCCCGACAGCUGGCUGGGGCAUGGGCAUUGAUCGCGUUACCAUGUUUCUCACAGACUCCAAUAACAUCAAGGAAGUACUUCUCUUUCCUGCUAUGAAACCUGAAGACAAGAAGGAAACAGUAUCAGCCUCUGAAACACUGGAAAGCACAACAGUAGGCACCUCUGUAUAGAAAAUAACACAGCCUGAGCACCUCUGCAUUUCAGCAAAAGCUCUGGUCGGAGGGAUUCAUGUGCGUUGCCAGCCAUCAUACCACUGCAGUUCAACCACCACAAGAGUUUCAUUUUACCUUGUUACCAAAUAAACCUUGUUUAGGAACCAUGUGUUCUCUGAACAAA